UCUUUCUCCUUCUUUUUCUCUGCGGGAUAAAGAGAUAAAGAUUAAAGAAAGGAGCCAUGCAUUAAUUGUAAAGCCAUGUAGCCCAUCUUCUUCCUCAUAUCCUCUAUCCUUUCUUUUUUUCCUUUCUCUGUUUGUGGUGCUAAUAAAAGCCUCAGCACAAGCUGUCCUCCCUCCCUUUCUUGCUUGGCAUACGAGGGAAUUAUAGUGUACUCUCAGCCCUCGCCUUUAAUGUAAAGCUCACAUAGAGGUUUCGUCUACUGCCCAACUUCAGAUAACUUGGUUUCAUCAGCCCCUUGAAGACAUUUAUGUUACUGUUAGGCAUUGGCAGGAGUUUCUUGUUGCUCUAGUUUUAAUUGGCUUCUAUUGCUUGCUCUUUGGGAGGAGUGGUUAGGUGGAAGCUUUUAUAAGAGGAGUUGAGUGACAAACCUUUCUGUCUGUCUCCUCUCUCUCUCUCUCUCUUUCUAGAUAGACAAACAGUUAUGUUAUAGAGAUAGAGAGAGAGAGAGAUCUAACUCUAUAAGUUGUUCACACCCACACACAACAAGCAGAGAGAGAUAGAAAGGUUUGUGAAAAACUCAAAUUACUCAUCAUCAGAGCAUCAUGGCUUCAUCAAACAGGCACUGGCCGAGCUUGUUCAAGUCCAAGCCUUCAUGUUCUUCUUCCCAUCUUCAAUGGCAGCAUGACAUCAACACCUCCUCUCUCUUAUCAGCUCACUGCCAGAAGACUAACUCCUAUGCUUCAGAACGGCUACACCCGGUACUGUCAAUGAGAUAAAAGUGGAAAAGUCAACUGUAUUCAUUAAUGACGUGGGAUACGAGGUGAUCGCCGGACCUCUCAACAUAAGGGAGGUCUUCGGGGAAGAAGCCGUUCUCCUCCACUCCUCCGGCCACCCCGUUUUGACUGAUGAGUGGGGCCUCACUCUCCAGCCUCUUCAGCAUGGAGCCUCCUAUUAUCUGGUUCAUUAAGUGUUCUAUCUGGUUUAAUGCUGGUGGGGAGUUUCAGUGGUGAAGGAGUUUGACUCAUUUGUUUGGUCUUUGAAGUAGUGUGCACUUUUUCUUAUGCUCAUAUAUUAUUAGCUUUGCUUUGGCUAUGAAGGCAUAGAUAUAUGAUUGUAUGGACUUUAUUUAU